AUGGUCAACUCCUGUUGUGGCUCCGUUUGCUCUGACCAGGGCUGUGGUCAAGGCCAGGAGACCUGCUGCCAGCCCACCUGCUGCAGGCCCAGCUGCUGUGUGUCCAGCUGCUGUAGACCCCAGUGCUGCCCACCCACUUGCUGCCGCCCUAGCUGCUGUGUGUCCAGCUGUUGCCGCCCCAGCUGCUGUGUGUCCAGCUGCUGCAGGCCCCAGUGCUGCCCACCCACCUGCUGCCGCCCUAGCUGCUGUGUGUCCAGCUGUUGCCGCCCCAGCUGCUGUGUGUCCAGCUGCUGCAGGCCCCAGUGCUGCCAGCCCACUUGCUGCCGACCCAGCUGUUGCAUCUCCAGCUGCUGCCGCCCCUCCUGCGGUGGCUCCAGCUGCUGUGGUUCCAGCUGCUGCCGCCCCUGCUGCUGCCUCCGCCCAGUCUGUGGUCAAGUCUCCUGUCAAACCACCUGCUAUCGCCCAACCUGUGUCAUCUCCACCUGCCCCCGCCCCACCUGCUGUGCCACCCCUUGUUGCUGA